CCCGCGCUCCGCCGCUUCCCACAAGCCGGACUCCGGCAGCCAGCAGCAGCGCCCCCGCCCCGUGCACGUGCCUGGCGCAGAGAGCCGCAGCCAGCCGGCCCGGGAGAGGGAGCGCGGAGGAGAUGCCGGGGGGCGGCCCCGCACCAGCCAGGCCUCCCGGACCGCCGCUCCCCAGCCGCGCAGGCUGAGCCCCCGUGGGUGGCCGCCAUGGGCUCCAGGCUGAGCAGCUACAGGAGCCCGGACGAGGGGCGGCAGGAGGCGGGCGGGCGGAGGUCGGAGCGGCGCCCCACCCGCUUCCCGCCGCUCGCCUCCCUUCUCCGCGGCUCGCAGAAGCUGUCCGCGGCGCGGAGGUCGGCCAAGGCGGCGCCCUACGAGAGGCGAGUGCGGUGGAUCCGCGAGAUCCAGGCGACUCUCCGCGCGCGCCAACGGGACCAGGCGCUGCAAGUCCUCCGCUUGCUCCGAAAGGAAUAUGACCCUUGGAAGUCUGCAGAUCGGAUCUGCCGGCAGCUGAUUUAUCACUUGACUCCUCACUCAAUAUGGCACCAGCAUAGCAUGCCCAGGAGGAAGUCACAGGCAAGUCUGAAGAACAACUUACAGAAGAAGCUGAGCCAGGAUGCUAUUGAUCUGUCAGGGAUCCCUCUUUCCACCCAGGACAUCCAUCACUUGGCCUAUUACCUGCAGAACAGUGGCCACAACCUUGACACAGUGGAUUUGAGCUUCACGGACUUGAAUGAUGACAAGAUGCACUCCCUGCUUCCUUUUCUGUGGUCACUGCCCAAGCUCACCCAUCUCUCCCUCAAUGGGAACUGCCUGACCAAAGCCACUGUAAAAGAACUGACAGAUGUCAUGAAGGACAUGAACCAGUUCCCUUGCUUGGCCUGGGUUGACCUUGGCAACAAUGUAGAUGUGUCUUCUAUGCCACAGCCUCUGCUGGUCGGCUUGCGGAAGCGUCUCAAUUUGCAGACCACCCUGCCCACCAUCUAUGAGUCCCUCGAUAGUGAUUCAGAGCUCACUAGCAGUCCCAGGGUUGGCCAGCUAGAAGACACGGAGGCGGCAGCAGCACUGCAAGCAGUACAGAUGCAGCCAAAGGCUGAAGAAAAGUCAUGCAUCUUCCCUCAGCAGUCCUGUGAAAGGUGACUGGGCAGUAAGACUUUCUAUAACAGAAUGAAACCAUGGUAGUGGUACUUGACUGUACAGGCACCAGGCCUUCAGCCAGUUCCAUCUGGCACUUCUCUUGCCUUUAACAGUCCUGAUCAACAUAUUUCCAGUGAAAGGCUGCUAUACUUCACAGCCAGUCUUUAUCUCGUCUACUUCACAACAGGGCAUCAGUCACUCACCAUGAUGACAAGGAGCCCAUCAGUAGACAAACAAUUUGUAGGAACUCAGAAUUACCUCCAGGCAGCACUGGCUGGGAUUAACAAACUGUUGCCUUCUUUCUUCCUGUCAAUUUAUAAGUGUGUGGGACUAUGAUUUCUAUUUGCAUUGAGAGUUCUGCAUUUAAAAGCUGAGCUGCUCAUCGGGAGGACCUCAACAAGAGCAAGCACCAGCUACUCUCUUGUGCCAAGCACCCUCCCCCUGUGCUGCAGUGUUUUCGCUCUCCAGACAAAAGGCAGUGGAAUCCCACAUCAACUCUGUGUGCAGACCACGAAAACAUGUGACUAGGUUGCAGUGUCAGGAUAUUUCAAGCCUAGCCAUUAGGAAUGGCUGUCUCUAUGACAUGUCUUUGGGGAUUAUAAGAAACAAGGAUUGCAGAAACUACUGUUGUAUAAGGAUGGGGUGGGAGAAGGGGAAUGCUUGCAUUGCUGGGCCACUUGAUAGAGAGAGGUGAACCUAUGUGAAAUACAUCACAGCUCUGCCUUGCUUGAUACCCGCUGGGGAUGCCUUGCUUUUAAAGUGGUGUUAAAACAUAUCAAGGCCGAUAUUGAAACAGAUAAUGCAGUACUUCAUGGAUUUAUCUGCAGUACUGGCAGUGUGUUGUAUGCAACGAAGGACAAUAAAUGGCUUUGUUUUGCCUAAAA